CCCUUUCUUCUCCUCCCUCCUCGCCGCCGCCGCCGCCGCCGCCGCCGCUGCCGCCUCAGCCUUCGCCCAGCCGCCGCCGCCGCCCGCUCCCGCCCGCGCGCGGCGGGAUGGACGAUCAAUCCAGGAUGCUGCAGACUCUGGCCGGGGUGAACCUGGCCGGCCACUCGGUGCAGGGGGGCAUGGCGCUGCCGCCGCCCCCGCACGGCCACGAAGGGGCGGACGGCGACGGCAGGAAGCAGGACAUCGGCGACAUCCUCCACCAGAUCAUGACCAUCACCGACCAGAGCUUGGACGAGGCGCAAGCAAAGAAACAUGCUCUGAACUGUCACAGAAUGAAGCCCGCGCUCUUCAGCGUCCUGUGUGAGAUCAAAGAGAAAACAGGGAUCACUCCUGGAGGUGCUCAGGGGAUGAUAUGGGAAUUGAACCCAGGUCUCAGCAUCAGAGGAGCCCAGGAGGAGGACCCUCCCGAUCCCCAGCUAAUGAGACUGGACAAUAUGCUUUUGGCAGAAGGGGUUUCAGGUCCUGAGAAAGGUGGGGGAUCGGCGGCAGCAGCUGCAGCCGCGGCAGCCUCUGGAGGUUCUUCAGAUAACUCUAUUGAACACUCAGAUUACAGAGCCAAAUUGACCCAGAUCAGACAAAUCUAUCACACAGAGCUGGAGAAAUAUGAACAGGCAUGUAAUGAAUUCACUACACAUGUGAUGAACCUUCUCCGAGAGCAGAGUAGAACACGUCCCAUUUCUCCAAAAGAGAUUGAAAGAAUGGUGGGCAUUAUCCAUCGAAAAUUUAGUUCCAUUCAGAUGCAGCUCAAGCAAAGCACUUGCGAAGCGGUUAUGAUUUUAAGAUCAAGAUUCCUUGAUGCCAGACGAAAAAGGCGUAACUUCAGUAAACAGGCCACAGAAAUCUUGAAUGAAUAUUUCUACUCGCACCUCAGCAACCCCUACCCCAGCGAAGAAGCCAAAGAGGAGCUGGCCAAGAAAUGCAGCAUCACAGUGUCCCAGGUAUCCAACUGGUUUGGCAACAAACGAAUCAGGUACAAGAAGAAUAUUGGCAAGUUUCAGGAAGAAGCGAACCUCUACGCUGCCAAGACAGCUGUGACCGCGGCGCAUGCAGUGGCCGCAGCUGUGCAAAACAACCAGACCAAUUCGCCCACCACGCCAAAUUCUGGUUCUUCUGGUUCUUUUAACCUCCCAAAUUCUGGGGACAUGUUCAUGAACAUGCAGAGUCUGAAUGGGGAUUCUUACCAAGGGUCCCAAGUCGGAGCCAAUGUGCAAUCACAGGUGGAUACCCUCCGUCAUGUUAUCAAUCAGACGGGCGGCUACAGUGAUGGCCUUGGAGGAAAUUCACUGUACAGUCCACACAAUUUAAAUGCUAAUGGAGGCUGGCAGGACGCAACCACCCCAUCUUCUGUGACUUCUCCUACAGAAGGCCCAGGAAGUGUGCACUCGGAUACCUCUAACUAAUCUCUGGCCACACUUUUCCCUGAGCUGACAUGCCUUGACAUGUGCAUUCAGAGCAAUAGGAGGAAAAGGAAAGCGUUUUUGUAGCCCACCAUCUACAGCUUUACUGUAAAACCUUGUCUUCUUAGAGAACUUGGGAAAUCUGUUUUUUAAGGAAUCAUAAUCAUUUGUAUUUAUACUUAAAAACACACUAUGUUAAAAAAGCACUUUAUCCAAUUAGGCCAAGAUUUAACAUUGUUAAACAGUCCUGUAGCUAUUUUAUCCUAAUUUAUUAUCAAUAUUUUACAUUCAUGGUUUCACGGUUGCCAAUGACUUGGCCUUAAGGGUAAAAAAAAAGUACAAUAUAUACAAAACCUCAAUCGUUCGAGCAAACGCAAAGCUUCACCUCACCUAAAUUGAACUUCCUGCAUAUUUCCAUCCUAGCCUGUGAACAUCUUUCUUUCAUAACACUAACGGAGUUGGAAUCCAAGAGCUGUUUGGCUCUCUCUCUCUUGAUGAAGGUCGUGUUUAGGAAUCUUCCUCGUCACGUUUGUGUUGCGAUCUCUUCUGUUCUAACUAGAUCAGAGACCGGUAGCAUCUUUUCCCUCUCUGAAGGCACCAGUGCCCAGGGCCCGGGCCGUAUUGCAGUUACGGAUCGAGGUGGUUCUGGGAGCUGGAGAUCCUGCUGCUGAUAGAGGUGACCCCGAGAUCCGCCUGGGCUUGGACCUGUGCGCAGAUUUGGCAAGGUUUGCUACGUCCUCUGGGCCUCGGAGGGCAGUGACGAAGGCCCGCUCUCUGGAGUGUUGUAUAUAGUGUAGCAAAAGAGUAUUUAUACAUCUCACCAAUCAGAACACAGCUUUAUUACCUCAUGCGAACUCAUACGAACCAAUAGAAUUUCAACAUGUUCUGUAGCUUAGAGUGCUCACUUACUACCUCUGAACAAUACUCACGCUGUAGUUUGUCUUCUUUCUUAUCUUUUUGCAUCUUGUAAUUAACUCUUUGUUUCCCUUCAUAAAAUGUAAUGUACAUUGUAAUCUUUUAAAAGAAAAAUCAGGGUUGCAUUUGCAACUUAAAAAAAAAAACAAACCGAGUGGAGACAUCGGGUCUUAACACAGGAUCGGUGAAACUGUUGUAAAUACUGAGAAAACAUUUCGAAUGUUCUUCAUCUUGUUAUUAAUUCAUGCAAAAGAAAAAAAGAAAAAAAAAGCUGCGACUAAUUGUGAUGCAUUCAGAUUUCAGUAUUCAGUACUGUAUAUUUCACCCUGUGUCAUGGGGCCCCUCUCCUAUCUCUUUUUGUAUUGUAUGCGAUUCUGAAACUGAUUGAGUCAUGAAAAUAAUUUGUGGCGGUGAUUCUAAUGUAUUAAAAACGUUUCGUGUUCCUUUCUAACUGGAUUACACCCUGGAUUGAAAAAGUCUUCCUUGUGGUAGUUACAUGUAGUUUCAAACAUGAAUAAACUUUUUGCUUUCAUGAUUA